UGAAACACGCUCUUGCAUGUUCUGAGGAACGGAACGCCUCGAAAACUCCCUGAAGCUACAUCGGCCAGUCACUUCCCACAAUUAAUUUACCCUUGAGGUGGUUCUGGAGGUAGAAUGGUGCUGUAACUUGAUAGUAACAGUAUCCAGACGUUCUGGUUUAUGUCUGGAAAAUAUUAAUUAAUGUUAUUCGAAGUACUCGAUGUGUUUGAAUCGAACAGCGGAAGAGGAGAAACUAUGGGUACGGAAAAGGAGGAGCCAUGGACACGGCAAUGGCGCCAAAUUCGAAAGCGACGGAGGGUAACGCUGGUGGAAGCUGCGGGUUGGGAGUAGUUAACGACUGCGCUUUAUAGUCGUGUAUAUUCGAUUAUCGAUUAUAUAUAAGGAUGGAAACUUCAGCUGGCGUCUUCGGAAAGCUCCGCAACCUGGCGCUUCUCCUGGAGACUGAAACGGCCGAACUGCAUCGAGCUCAUAAGAACCCCCACCACGAAGGCACCGAGGGGACGGUGAAGGUUCUGCACGAACUGCACACCGAAGUCAGGGACCUGAAGGUCCAGGUCCGUGACCAGCUGGUAUGUUGCAGAGUGGAGGACCGCGAGAUGCGGUCCUUCAUGCAGGCGUGCAUGGUUCUGAAGCAGCGAACCACGGAGGACCUCCGGCUGCUGAGGAGGCACUAUGAGAAAUAUGGGUACAAAGCGCCCUCUGAGGUGAAAGGUCACAAAGAUGAUCAAAAGGCCGAGAAGACUCAAGAGAGCAAAGAUAGUGAAGAGGAGGAGCAAGAAGUGGAGGAAGAGAGAGAGCAACAUUUAGCAGUGGACGGAGAGACAGACGCAGCCCCCGUUUGCAUGACUCCUGCCAAGCCGCCUCCUCGGACGGCUGACCCUAUGCGCACUCCCCGCCUUUCUGACUUUGGCCUUUCUGGGUUUCAUCUGCUUGCACCACUGGGUGAACCGGCACCACCUGUGGCAUUUGCUCCCCCUACGGCCGAGCCCCCUGCUCUCUCCUCCCUGCCCAGGGUACCCAAGACCCCAAAGUGUGCUCUGAAGAUGGACGAGGAGGCCCUCACACCCCGACUGGAGGACUUUGGCAUCUCAGAGCACACCAUGUGCCUUAAUAAUGACUUCACUAUGGAUCUGCUGCGGAAGAAACCCUCCCGACUCCACAGUGAUGCAGUGACAUCUGUGGAUCUGGAUCCUGUACCUUCUCCAAAACUGGACAAUUACCUUCUCUCACCCAUGCCAGCUUCAGUGACCAGUGACUCGGAGGCCAAUGAUGUGGCUUCCCCUCAGCCUCCAGCUCUCUGUACUCCCGGGUUAAAGAUCACAAAAACGAAGUCCCAUGCUGCUUCUCUAUUGGAUUCGGACACCACCCAGCUGCCAGAUCUGCAUCUGACACCAGAACCCCCUGCAUUUGAGACCCCCUAUGUGAAGAAGCUUGUCAGAGAUGAAGAGGCCCGUCCCAGCAAAGUAUUCUCCAGUAGAAGUUUUGUUUAUCAGCCUGACAUCCCCCGCAUGCCAGUCAGAGCCACACCAAAGGAUGAGAACACACUUGAAAUGCCAACCCUAGAGUUGUUUCUAAGCUCUUGCCCUCGUAAUGCUGAUGGGGCUGCACCACUUGUGACCAACAAGGCAUCUGGGGGCUCAUUCGGCCUGAAGGAGCCUUUGUUGCCUGACCUGGGGGCUAAUCGGGAGCUGCAGGACCAUGAAAGGACCUUAUUAUCCCCUCCAGGCCAGAGCAGCCUCGCUCCACACCCAAAGACCCCUGAUAUGCCGGACAUCAGCUCCUUUACACAGGACAUCUUUAAACUCAUAUCUCAGGAUAACAUCACGUCCGCUAGUGCAAUUACAGCCACUCCCAAAACCACAGCCCUACAGUCAGCCACACCAAGCAGAAAAGAGAACCGAGUGCAGGCUCUCAACCUGGUGUUGGAAGAGGAAUUCUGGGGGCUUCCAGGAUACCUGAGACAGAUGCCCCUGUCAAGCCUCAACCAGGCCAUUAGGAAGAUUAACACUGCUCUAGAGGGCCGUCAGUGGGGGGGCAGUACAGAGCCUGGACUCUUCCUGCUAGAUGAGCUGACGAGCAUCACAGGUGCAGGUCUGAAGGCCCACGUGUAUUUCCUCUGCCUCACUGAACUCAAGAGGCUGGAGUGUGUGCUGGGUGAGGGGUCCAGCUCUGUGUUUAGAGUAUGCAGCCGAAUCUGAUGCUCAUGCUGAAGCAGCUCUACUUCCAUGAUAGUGUAGCCCCCAUGUAAAGAUGUAAUUAUACUAGCUCUGCACUAGCCAACAGUGAGUGUGCCUCCAUGUAAUCUGUGAAUAAAGCUUUGCAUUGUAA